AUGCUUCCUGGGCGAGUAUGCGGUAUGCUGCCGUCGAUUAUCAACGAGAGGGUGAACGGUCGUUUGGCCGGACUACCCCAAGCGAUCGCCGUCACUCAAAUGCUCAGCUUGUUCAGUGGUGCACUAGCCAGUAUCCAACCUGCAGCUCCAUCUCCUCAAUUCUGUCAGUCCCAAUGCGGAGAGUCAGCCCUACGUUUGCCUUCGUCGUCAAGUUCUUCUAGCGGCGUCUCCGCUGCAGCAGUUCAGGGAGCAGGACAAGCACCGCAGAUUCCUGAGACCGCUUAUAACGAACGACAGCCAGCAGCUCGAGCUCUCCAACAAAGGGUCUACAACACUAAUCAGACGAUAGUGCUAAAGCAUAUUCAAAGAAAGGCAGCUGCUCAUUCAGCUCCCAUCAUUCGUUCACCGCAACGUACUUAUUACGAGGGUGAUGCUCGCAGAGGGAGGCGUUCGAAAUUCCACGUGUUUCUGUAA